AACGAAACACCUCAAGGUUAUCUACAAAAAGGAUAGACGGAUAUCUUUCACCAGUAUCGUGGGCUUCUCCUUGUGAUAAGAUAAGGAGGAAUUGAUUAAGCCGCCAGACAUAAUCCAGUUUCUUGGGAGCUAAGGAUUCUUGGCUGGAUAAAACUCCUUGCACACCAUUGCUUCACAUUCGAGAACUUUGACCAGGAACAAAAGUUGUAGGCAAGACCUAUCUUCCAGAAUACUCGGGCACUUGCAGAUUGUAGAGUAAACUUGAAAGGCAAUUGGUGGUUAUCGUAACACAUGGAGAAUAAACCAAUUGAACAUCUCAGUAACAGCUUCACUAUAACACCCACAAAUGGAUCUGCAUAUGCUGAAUGGGAAAUGCUAAAGCAGACUAUACUUGCACAUGAAGCUACAUUCCGGAAACAGGUCUAUGAACUUCAUCGUCUGUAUAAGGUUCAGAAGGAUCUAAUGGCAUUACAAUGCCGAGGAGGUGAAUCAAAUGGAUAUUCUCAAGCAAUAUCAUAUUCAUUACCAUCUGGGGGUAUAAGAAGAGUCCAGCAAAUUGGGCCUCCUGCAGGACAUGAUAUGAGGAAACCUUCUGGAAAAUUCAUGAAGGGAAAAAAUAUAGAGCGUAGCUUGAACAGAGUGUCUAUGAGGCAUAGCAAUAGUGGGUCCAUAAAAGAAAUGCCCCUUCAGGUUCCAGCUGAUGCAAAUGAUAGUGAUGAUGAUGUGGUGACAGUAUGGGAGAAUCCUGCAAAGAGUUUGCCAAGAAAUAGUGGUUCAGUUGUUGGUACAAAUCUGAAGCUUAGCAUUGAACGCACCUCACCCAUGGACAAGAAUUGGGCCACUGGUUUACAGCCAUCACGUGUCUCAACAGUGAAUGCUUUGAACAAAAAAGUGAUAGGGUCACCUAGUACUAUGAAGAAAACAAACUUCUUAAGUGUGGGUGCCUCCAGUUCUAAGAACCAGUGUUAUUCAUACGGCCAUAAAUUAGAUGGUCGAAGCAGUGGCAUGGAAUGGCUCACACACAAGAAAACUGGUGUUGAUUCCUCAACCGCGCAUUACCAGUCCAGCUCUAGAAUCGUCAAUCCAGGAAUAUUUGCAGCAUCCAGCUCCAAUGCUGCACCCAGAUCUCUAUGGCAAAGCAGCGCCACAGAUUACAUGACUAGGAGGCAUUAUGCUGACGCUGAAUUGCCCAGUGCUCAGAAUUGCCGACUUCCAACGUUUCAAAGAUAUCACCGCCUUCAUUCAUCAGAGAUUCCUGGAGGGGCUCAGUAUCAACAUCCUUCCCCAUUUUAUGAUUGCCCCAAGGAUGUGAAUCUGAACAAUGGUCCUCAAGAUGCAACUGCCACUCUGGGACAAGCAAGUGAGAAUGCAUCAAAGGAAAUCUCCCGGGACAGAGAGAAGCUGCGAAACUCGACGAAGAGAAUCGCCAUGAAGAAAUCACAAGUGUCACCGAGUCGUGAGAAUGGGCGUUCCCACAUUUCGCCUCGUUCCAUGGGUUAUUCAGGAGGUAGCACAAGAAUUCUUGGUUUCACUAUUAGUGCAGCCACCGAGAAAGAUUCUCGACGCUCAUCCACUUCGUCCACUACACACAUGGGCGCAGAGAGCACACCCUCGAGCAAGAGCAUAGCUGAGAUGGAAAUGCAAUUCCAGAACAAGAAGGAUGGCACCAGUGUCAGAAACCUCAUUGACCUGAAUGUUGCACCGCCGUUCAUGGAUGUUACAGUGAUGGAUGCCCGCCAGUCGGGAGGCGACACUGUUCCUCAAGAACCAGAUGUUAUAAAUGCUGCAGCAAAGAAUCUCAUGGUCAUGCAUACAGGUGAACUCCAAGCAGGACCACCUCAAGGUAAUAUUCUGCAUUGGUUUGCUGGCCUUGCAACAUCAGGGGAGAGCACAGUGGUCUAUAGCAGUGAAAUGAACAACGUUGAUACGACUCUGAAGCUUUGACACUGCAACUGUUCGAAACCAAAGACUGUUUCCAAUAAAGCCAAUUCAAGCAUAGAGACACCUCACUAAGACAUCUAGAAGGACAUUACGUAGGUUCAGUUUUAACUUUAGAUUUCUUAGUUGAUGGGAAUCUACUACUCCCUCCGAUCCUAAUUGUCGCUGAUUUAGUACUAAUAAAUCAGCGACAAUUAAUAUGGAUCGGCGGAAGGAAGAAGUUUGAGAGAAUUGAGGUACUAGUCCUAUAGUUCCCAACUCUAUGGUGGGCUCUAGAAACGCAAACAUCUUUCUUGUUACCUUUGUUUUACAACAAACUCUGUUUCGAGAUUUACUUCGUCAAUGAAUGUUUUAUAUUAAUAUCA